AUGGCCACCACGCUCACGAAGCUCGCGCUGGCUCUGACGCUGGUGCACGCAGUGUGUGCGAGCAGGCAGAUUCUGCAAACAGCAGGCUGCGCAGGCGUGUCGCAGUAUAUUAUAGCGCCUUCGUACGUGUACCCGUGCUCGAUCACGACGCCGAGCUGCGCAUGGUACUCGUUCUCGAACGGCGCGGACAUCGUCAUCAUCAACCCGAACAGCGGGCCCGGGAAGACAGCGAAUUCGGACUACGUGAACUUGGUCAGAGCCAUCAGAGCGUCGACGAGCACGUACAUCACCACCAUUCUGGGCUACGUGGCCACGACGUAUGGAGCCAAGAGCCAGGCCGCCGUCAAUGCCGAGACCGACCUGUACAACUCUCUGUACAAAGUAGACGGGAUUUUCUUCGACGAGGCGUCCACGGACUGCACCAAAACGUCGUACUACAGCAACAUUGUGACACAUGUGCAGGACACGACCAUGUCGCCCACUGGCCAGGAUUACACCAUUCUCAACUGGGGCACCAAUGGGCCCGAAUGCUUCCUCAAGACCGCGUCGGGCAAUGUCCCCGCCGACAACUUCGUCACCUUCGAGAAUUCUCACGCGAGCUAUGCUUCGUACGCUCCCGCCGCGUACAUGGCCAAGUAUGCACCGUCACGCUUCUACCACAUCGUGUACAAAGUGACUCAAGCCAACCUCAUCUCCACCAUGACCAAAUCGAAGAAGUCUCGCGCCGGCGGGGUCUAUAUCACGAAUGAUGUUCUGCCGAAUCCCUACGACACUGCCCCGACGCCCUUCACCUCGUACUGGAAAGCGCAGGUCGCCAAGGCGGCCGCCUCGUGCUGA